AUGGAGAUUCCCCCAUGCCCACGCCAACUGCCAGUCCAUCAAGAAACUUCAUUUAGUGCAGUGCCUAAUUAUGUUCAAAAUAAUUUCUACUACGACUACGAAUACAGCGCAUCUUUAGAAUCGUGCUCAUGUAGCACCGACAGUGAUUCGUCCCGAAGUUCGGUAUGUGGUCCUUGGUGCAUCUGCCUCGUGGUGUGCGUAAUAGUCGCGACGGUAGCGGCUGGAUUGAGCCUUCCUUUUGCCUUAACUCCUGAAAUGAAACCCCAAACAUUAGAAGAACGUCUAGAAGUAGUCCAUCGUUUAUUAAAGAGCGUUCCCUUAAUCGACGGCCACAAUGACCUGCCCUGGAACUUGCGCAAGUUCGUCCACAACAAACUAUCCACUCUCAAUCUCAGUGCCAUCGAGCAACAAGAACCGUGGUCCAAAAGCCGCUGGUCGCAGACGGACAUCCCGCGGCUGAAGCGAGGCCUCCUGGGGGCCCAGUUCUGGUCUGCUUACGUGCCUUGCAAAGCACAGCAUCUCGAUGCCGUGCAAAUAACAUUGGAACAAAUCGACGUCGUCAAGCGGCUGGUCGACAUCAAUUCGCAGCACUUUAGUCUGGUGUGCAGCUCUAAAGAGCUGCUGGAGGUCCAUCGCAAGGGCCGGAUUGCGUCUCUGAUAGGAGUUGAGGGCGGACACGCUUUGGGAAACUCUUUGGCGGUGCUGCGGACCUUCUACAGCCUCGGCGCCAGGUACCAAUCAGUGGAAAAUUAA